UUAUUGCCUGACGCAGACAUUCUCGCUUGCCUCUGAAGAAAAAAACAAUAAAAUAAAAUCAAUAAAACUGAACGCCCAACGCGCAAGCUUGCGAGCAGGCGGGGGAGAGAUCUGUAAGCACUUAGCAGAAGAGAAAGAAAGGGAAAUCUUGGAAAGAUGAUGUCAGGCAAUUAUACUAGUAUUGAUAAUCAAAAGGACUCGGGAUCCGUACCUUCUGUUCCAGAUCCAGGCCACGUCUCCGUCAGAUUCUCAGAUUCCAAUUUGCAGACGUUUCCUGCUCCAAUUGCGCAUGGGAAAAUCUCUGGUGGAUCACACCCUCCUCGUGAUGCUGAUGAUACAUUUUCAAAAACUAUUUCCGGUUCUGAUGAACCUCAGCAAAGUGGUUGGUUGCGGACAUUCACAGUUGCUGCUUAUAAGCCGUACUUUGAUGUGGACACUAUAGAUGUUUUGGAGAGAAUCAAAGAUUCACUUUUCCCCUUCAGAGGAACAUUCACUGAGAAAACUGCUGGCAACCCAGAUCUGUAUGGACCAUUCUGGAUAUGCACUACCCUAAUCUUUGUGGCAGCUUCAAUUGGCACUUUUGUUACGUAUAUAGCACACAAGCUACAAAAGAAAGAAUGGGAAUAUGACAUAAAUCUGGUGACUUGGUCUGCUGGUGUGUUCUAUGGAUAUGUGACCAUUGUUCCUCUUGGAUUGUAUGUAAUCCUUAAGUACUUUUCAGCACCAUCUGGCCUUGUCCAGCUGUUUUGUCUCUAUGGCUACUCCUUAUUUAUCUUUAUUCCAGCAUUGUGUCUCUCCAUUAUUCCGUUGGAAAUUUUCAGGUGGGUGGUCGCUGGUGUUGCAGGCUUUAUGUCAGCAACCUUUGUGGCACUUAAUCUACGAACCCAUAUCAAAUCUGCAGGUGAAAGGUGGUUUUUGAUCGUAGCUAGCAUCUUUCUAUUGCAGCUGGCACUGUCUGUGGUUUUGAAACUUUAUUUGUUCACUGUUACAGUAUAGGAAUAAACUAGCAUGAACAGGUUGUAGAUCACAAUGAAAGUUUUACCGUUUUUGGUCAUUUGGCUUUAUAUUCUUGCAAUAUUUUUCCGAUAUAAAUUGUUCAAUGGUUAAAACCCUCUUGUAUUCAUUUUAUUUGUGGCAAUAUAAUUCAAAUGACUAUCAUCUCUAAAA